UCCUAUCAAUAAGUAAAGUUUCUAAACAACCAUAUCAUAUCUCGAUCGAAUUAACAUCUCAUUCUCUAGCUCUCUCUCUUUAUCUCUCAUAAAUGAAACCAUUUCGUGCAAUAAACUUAAGUUCUUCCAGUGAUCAGAACGAGGAAGAGAUGGAUGUAAGAAAAGGUCCAUGGAUUGUUGAAGAGGACAAUUUGCUCGUCAACUACAUCGCCGUCCACGGCGAAGGUCACUGGAACUCUGUCGCUCGUUAUGCAGGGCUGAAACGAACUGGGAAAAGCUGCAGAUUGAGAUGGUUGAACUAUCUCCGACCAAAUGUUCGGCGUGGCGACAUCACCCUCCAAGAACAGUUAUUGAUUCUUGAACUCCAUUCUCGAUGGGGAAAUCGGUGGUCGAAGAUAGCGCAGUACUUGCCGGGCAGAACCGACAAUGAGAUCAAGAACUAUUGGAGAACCAGAGUCCAGAAACAGGCAAAGCAGCUCAAAUGUGAAGUCAAUAGCAAAGAAUUCAGAGAUGCCAUGCGUUUCGUCUGGAUGCCCCGUUUAAUGGAGCGGAUACAGGCCGCAUCCAGAUCUUCCACGGCCCAACCCGAUGUUUAUGACCCCAACAAAUCACUACAAAUCCCGGGUUCGGGCAUUCCUAUGAAUCCCGGGUUCGAGAAUUCGGGCGCUUCUUCGAUUUCACUGGAUACCCAGUUUUCGGACCCGUCUGAUUGCUACAACGUACCGGGCAAUUAUUAUUCUGAUAGCGCAUGCAACGGGUUCGGGUCAUACCCGGGACAAUUGGGCUUAGUUGAAAAUGAGGGGUCGUUAGGUGGAGGGGAGUCAUUGGAGAGUGUGUGGAAUGAGGAGAACAUUUUGUUCUUACAGCAGCAGCUUUCAUGAUUGUGAUUUUUUUCCUUAGUUUAUAUAUAUACAUACAUACAUAUAUAUAUGUAUGUAUGUAUGAAGUUGUAGUGAUGUUGGAAAAUGUAAAGAAUAAUGAUGGAGGCAUUGACAUGUAAAAGGUUGGGGUGUUUUUGAUUAACGUUAGCACGGCAUAUUAGAGAUUCAACGGUUGGUAGAGGCUUCCUUGUCUGAAGCAGCAGUAACUGCCGCAACCCUUGAAACAAAUGGUUUUUUCCCUGCAAAAGUCUAAACAAAUUUUUUU